ACGUUACGAUGUCUUCGUUGGGUGGUACGGAAAAGGUCCUCGAGUCGGUAGGUGCAUUUGGUUUGUACCAAGUAAGGCUGUGCUUUAUAGUCGGGUAUUUGGUUACGUUUUGUUCUGCGGUACUAAUGGUAAUGACAUUCAGYACAGCCGAGCCACCAUGGAAGUGCACUCUUAAUUCAACAUCAUGUACUCUUAACGGUACGUUCAAACUUGGGGACGAAAACUUCGACCUUCGGUGUAAGCUACAACGUAGUGACUGGGAAUUUGCAGUAGGAGACUUUAAUUCUAUUGUCACCGAGUGGGAUUUAGUAUGCGACACAGCUGUAUACGUAAGCAUUGCCAACUCAACUGUCUUUAUCCUAUGGAUCGUGGGYUCAAUGAUAGCAAGCAUCUUGAGUGACAAAUUUGGGAGAAAAACAGUGGUUUAUCCAUCUGCAUUCUUUGCCUGUCUUUGUGGCUUCAUAUCUUCAUUUGCGCAGUCGUAUUGGGUGUUUGCUGUGUUUAGGGCUCUAGCUGGAAUGGGCAUAGGUGCCUAUAGUAUAUGUGGCUUUGUCUUGGUGAUGGAGUACACUGGACCGAAGUAUCGCAGCAGAGUUGGCUUUGGGUUCUGGUAUUUCUGGAUUUUUGCUUUGAUGUUGUUAGCUCUUCUAGGAUAUCUUAUUCCAGAUUGGAGAACGCUAAGCAUCAUCACCAGUGCCCCAGGUGUGCUGAUUUUCAUUUKUUGGUGGCUGUCUCCCGAGUCUUUAAGAUGGUUGCUAGUUAAAGGAAGAACCGAGCAAGCCAUCAAAACAUUGCGGGACGUUGCUCGAGUUAACAAAAAACCCUUUUCCGAGGAAAAUGUCACCUUGAUUGAGAAAACAAACAUGGAGAGGGACGAAAAACAAAAACUUGGGAACAUAAAAGAUCUUUUUGCAUCGAGAGCAAUAGGCUAUAGAACUUUGAUUUCGUGGUAUUGUUGGGGUGUUUCUGGCUUAGUAUACUAUGGCAUUUCUCUAAGCACUCCAUCCGUUGGUGGAAACAUGUACCUGAAUUUUUUCAUUAGCGGCUUAUGCGAAGGCAUAGCGAUGGCAAUAGGAAUCUAUUUGCUAGAUAGAUUUGGAAGAAAAAAGACCAUUGUUGUCAAUGUAUGGUUAGCUGGCGUGGUCAUGGUUAUUGGAGCUUUACUUAAAUUUUUUGACGAUGGAAGUGAUGGCUACACUGCUGGAAAAGUCAUUUCGUCUAUGGUCCUUGGAAAGACAUUUAUUACUAUUGUGUUUGACGGCGUSUACAUUUAUUCKUCGGAGCUGUUUCCUACGGUGGUCAGAAAUACAGCUAUGGGUACAUCAACGUCCGCAGCAAGAAUUGGAUCAGCUAUGGCACCUUACAUCGUAUACUCCGAGCGUGUGCAUCCUCUAAUGCCAUUCAGUUUUAUGGCAGUGKCUGCUGUAGUUUGUGGAAUACUGUGUUUGUUACUACCCGAAACAAAUAAAACAUCAAUGCCAGAUACGGUCCAACAAGUCAACGGUGGUACGACGAACGAGAAGGACAACACAUUGCUGGGUGACAAUUUUUACAAAGUMACAACAUGGAUUUGACCGAAAUGACGACUUGAUCAUCACUCCACUUAUAUUUGAUUUUAAAUACAAUCGUUGCCAAAAUACCUUGGAGCGUAGAAUUAUUUGUCUCCAGCCUAACAUUUUCUCCUUUAUUUUUUCACAGUUCUCCCUCUUAACUCCCUUUCAUCAAUGUUGGGUCUUGUUUUGGAUGCUUGUGUACUAUGGUAACAUGAUGAAUGACAACAUUGCAUUUAGGGGGUCAGGGUGGAUUAAAUUACAUGUUUGCGGGGGUUUCCUAAAAUGCGAAAAUUCGCUGGAAUGGACCAAGGAUUCUGUCAACGAUUGUAGGUUGUUUGUACCGUAGGGGCAGUCCAUAUACAAAAAUAAUGUCAGACUAGAGAAUAUAUAUGCACGAUAAUGGUAAAAUAAUAAAGGGUGACAAAGGGAAACUGGAUUUUGCAAAUCCAACAAGAUAAAUUGUUUCGAUCCGCAAGAAAUAUUGCCUAUAUCCACCUCUUCCUCCAAUCCGCAUUUUUGYACACACUCGGAAGAUGGCCGAAUCCGCCAAAACCGAGAGGUAACAAUGAGAGGAGAGUAUAGAUAGAUAGUUACAAGUUUUAAUCGGAAUCGCAAGAAAACUUGUCUAAAUUGCUAUGAUUGUAUAUAAGAAUGGGUGACUUUAACAAAAUGGAAUUAAAAACCGAGUUCUUUAACUGUAA